GCCAAAAUAAAUCCGAAAAAACAAAAACACAUUAUCACGGUUGAUCCGAUCUCAAAUCCCACCAGAUCUCCGCGGCCGCCCGUUAUCCAAAUCUCUAUGGUUGGAGAUGCCAGCCCGCUUGAGCUGCGAGUCUGAGAAAAGACCCGGCAGUCAGUGGUCGCCUGCUAGGACACGGACCAAUCUGGUGGGGGUCGACCGGCACCUAGCACACCACCAACCCAGCAACUCCAACGCCAAGCAGUCGUCCGACGUGCAGGAGGAUUCGGAUCCGAGACCGGGGUCCGGAUUUGACCAGAACACCAGCAAAACUGCCGUCAAUGAUCUGAACGACGACCGCGACGACCACGAAGCCGAGAACGGGCCGGCGACAACGAGAAUAACCAAGAGGAGGACAAGUGCCGAGUUGCGGUCCGUAGCUGCGAGGAGCCGUCGCUCAGGCAACUUCAAUUGGAAGCCGGCACUGUCGCGUGAUGCAUCGCCGGAGCAGGAACCAGACCUAAUAAGCUCUCCAUCCCACGAAACCACCGUAGCCAAUCCUCCUCGCACCACCGGCGACGCCAUCGACGGCCUUUCUUCCACAAGUCCCAUGAUGGAAAAGCUUUCAAUUGAGUCGAGGGGGAGGCGAGGGCCCAGUACAAAGACCUACCGAUCGAGAAGCCCAUGGUAUACUUCAAUGCGCACGUUGAUGGUCACAUUGGCGGGGCUGUUUUGCCUAGGCCUCAUUGUGCAUUCGCUCAAUACAAGGCAACUUGACCCCAAAGGCUGCCGGAUGGCUUGGAUGCAUCCCUCGUACCACCAGCUCGACGAAUUCGAUACCGAACAUACCCGUUUUGCCAGCAAAUACUCUCUGUACCUCUACAGGGAUGCCGGUAUUGACCGGGACACAAAGCUGAGGGGCAUACCGGUCCUUUUCAUCCCAGGAAAUGCUGGAAGCUACAGACAGGUUAGGUCGAUCGCUUCCGAAGCAGCAACGUACUAUCGCGAUGUUGUACGACACGACGAAAGAGCGCUUAGGCGAGGCGCUCGGCCUCUCGACUUCUUCUCGGUUGACUUCAACGAGGACUUUACUGCUUUUCAUGGACGGACAUUACUGGACCAGGCUGAAUAUCUGAAUGAAGCCGUGCGCUACAUUCUAUCUCUCUAUCUGGAUCCGCGCAAAUCAGAGCGGGAAUCGGGUGUGCCUGACCCAACCUCGGUCAUCGUUAUUGGCCACUCCAUGGGUGGCGUGGUGGCUCGCACCAUGUUGACAAUGGCAAAUUAUCAAGCCAAUUCGAUAAACACCAUCCUGACGAUGUCGGCACCUCAUGCUCGGGCCCCCGUCUCUUUCGACGGUUUGAUGGUUCGUACCUACCGGGAAAUUAAUGACUAUUGGCGCCACGCAUUCCUGAAGCCAUCAAGGGAAAACCCCCUGGAACAGGUGACCCUUGUCUCUGUAGCUGGUGGCGGUCUCGAUACAAUCGUGCCCUCUGACUACGCAAGCAUUGAGUCUCUCGUUCCGGGGACGAACGGAUUCACCGUCUACACUUCUUCCAUACCAACCGUGUGGACUAGUAUGGACCACCAAGCCAUCAUGUGGUGCGAUCAAUUCCGCAAAGUGGUCUCCCGCGCCUUGUACGAUAUUGUGGAUAUUCGUCGACCAUCCCAGACAAAGGGUCGAUCAGAACGCAUGCGCAAGCUGAAGCGGUGGUUUCUGACCGGCAUGGAGAGCAACACAGAGAGAGAUUCAGCUCAUGCCGCAGCAAGUACGCUACUAAUCCUUGACGAUACCUCGAAUGACAUUACCAGGCAAGGAGAGCGAUUUGUGUUGCGUGGACUCGGUUCUAAGCCUGGUGGGAAGGGGAGGGCAUACCUGCUGCCAAUUCCACCGCCUAAUUCGCCUGCUGGGAAGCAGCUGAAUAUUUUGACCGAUCAGAGACUGGGUAACUCUGGUGAUUCAAGUCUGAUUGAAGUAAUGUUCUGCAGCAUGAGUGCCUCGUCUCAACAAGGCCAGGCCUCCGCGACUUCCUUUUCGACGAAAAUGGAUCUGUCUGAAGGAGACAGCACGAGCUCUACCCGUCUGGCUUGCAAGAACGCUGCUCCGGAUGUCAUACAGCUUCCUCGCUCAACGCGGUCGACUCGCUAUCCUUUCUAUCUCGACGGCGAGCAGGAACUGCUUCCAUUUUCCUAUCUGCACUACGACGUGGACGAGAUUGCGUCGGAGUAUCAGUUUGUGGCGAUUGUCGACAAAUCAUCGGACCCGACUUCAGGUUUCCUGAUUAGCGAGUUCAACGAUCUCUCUCAAUCUCACAGCGUGCAGAGAAUUGGCUUGAAGCAUCUCCUUACAACUGGACUGGAACUCGAAAUGCCGUCCGACCGCCCCAUGGUCACCGAGGUCAAGAUUCCGUCGAUGCGAUCAAGUCUCCUGGCAUACAACCUUGAAAUAAGCAAGAAAGCCUGCCAAGGCAAGAGUAGCGAGGAGCUAUUCACACCACUCGUAAGGCAAUACUUGACGGAACCAUAUGAAUCCAAAUUUUACGUCAACGUCAGCCGAGCCUCCAUCAGCCUUCAUGGAGUGGCUCCUUACGUUCCUCCUGCAAUGAGACCCAGGGUGGAUGGCGAGGAUGGACUCAGUCUUCAAUUUUGGACUGACCCAACAUGCGGCGCAAGCGUACGCGUGAAGUUGACUGUGGAUUUCAUAGGCAGCAUGGGCAAGCUUUAUAUGCGUUACCGCACUAUAUUUGCUUGCUUCCCGUUACUCGUUGCUGCUCUUGUCCUCCGCAAGCAGUUCAAUGUUUAUGAUGAGACCGGUGUCUUUAUUCCUUUUACCCAGGGCCUGGACCUGGCUUUGAGGAGGUCUAUUCCUCUUCUUCUCGCCGGUCUCACCAUCGCGUCCAUCGUUAUGGGCGAGCGUGAAGCUUAUUCGAGCGCAUCACCCCUAUCCGAAUCUCAUCACCAGAAAAAUACAACUCACCCCACUGCCAUCGACUUUGACCAAAACGACCUCCUGAUCGGUACACGGGAUAUCUUUUUCUGGUUCAUGGUGCCUUUGAUUGGUCUGGUCAGCAUUGGCGCCUGUGCUGCCCUCAAUUACAGUUUCCUGGCGUUGUCGCAGUUGCUAUCGUUCCUCUUUGGCCUACUCAAGGUCCGAUUUGCAUGGCGAAACCGGCACGAUGGGUACCGCAAUGGGUCAGCAUCUCCCUCGUCAACAAAGACGUCCUUCCGAGUGUGCUCACCCCGCAGGCGCGUGAUCACAACAUUAAUACUGCUCUUUUUCGUUGCAACCUUUGUGCCAUACCAGUUUGCAUAUGUCGUCUGCUGCGUCGUGCAGCUCACAACGACUGUGCGAGCGUUAAGAAUCACUUCCGAUGCACAGAGGCCUCCAUCAUCAUCGAGCGCUACAUCGUCAGAGAAAUCCGCGACCAACAGCACAAAUCUUCACAACCUGAAUUUCUACAAUUAUGUUCACUCGAUCCUGGUUCUCAUGAUAUGGGUCAUGCCAAUAGACGUACCAGUUCUGCUCGUUUGGGUCCGCAAUUUGGCGUUGAACUGGAUGACACCCUUCUCAUCCCAUCAUAAUGUUCUUUCCAUCAUCCCCUUCAUUGUCCUGGUGGAAACACAUACAACCGGUAAGAUGGUGCCGCGCGUGACUUCGCGUCCACUCCGCCACGUUUCAGGCAUCAUCCUCACUGGCACGGCGGUCUACGCGGCAAUAUAUGGUGUUUCAUACGCAUACGUACUGCACCACCUCGUCAAUAUAUUUGCGGCCUGGCUAGUCGCGGUUCACCUGACGACUGCGGCUGCUGCCGUUGCCGGGAGCAGCAACGGUGGGGGUUUUGCCUCUUUCUCAUCUUCGUCUUACACAAUUUCGUCGGUCUCGUCAUUGUUUGAGAAUGGACAAGUUAUUGAUCAGAAAGGGGGCAAGAUUCCAUAAGUCCGCCGACAGCCCUUUUCAUUUGUCUUUUUCUAUUAUCCGUUGUAUUCCUCUUUGCCCAAAGCUUUUGGGCCUCAAUAUUGUGCCCAGCAUGUAUACACGCCCGCUUUUGAAAUCUUUCUUGUACCUAUACCCGCGGAGAGGAUCUCCUCCGUUUUGCAUCCUUAGGCUUUUCCUUUUUUUGGGCAGGAGUUCUGGCUAUUGCUCUUCUGUGGCGAGAGAACGCAACUGCAUAAGGUAUUUUUUGGGGGGCGUUUUGUUGUCCUGGGGACUCUGCUUCCCGUGGAGGUUUGACCUGUAAUUGGUGAUGAUGAGAAUGAACCGCACUCGGCGGUCUGGGGUGGUAAUGUCCUCUAGGUUUCGUAUAGAACACCAAAUCUCAAUUUUAUCGCCAUCUGCUGUGCG